UAUUUCUCACUGGCCAAGAAGAAAUUGAAGUGGCUUGCAAAAGAAUAAAGAGAGAGGUUGAUAAUUUGGGUCCCGAAGUAGGUGAAUUGAAAUGCAUUCCUCUAUACUCUACUCUCCCGCCCAACUUACAGCAAAGAAUCUUUGAAGAUCCCCCACCAAACAAACCAAACGGGGCUAUUGGACGUAAAGUAGUUGUGUCUACUAAUAUUGCUGAGACCUCUUUGACAAUCGAUGGUGUAGUCUUUGUCAUUGAUCCUGGAUUCGCCAAACAAAAAGUAUAUAAUCCAAGAAUAAGAGUAGAAUCACUUUUGGUUUCUCCCAUAAGUAAAGCCUCCGCUCAACAGAGAGCUGGUCGAGCUGGUAGAACCAAACCAGGGAAGUGUUUCAGAUUGUACACGGAAAAGGCUUUCAAAAAUGAAAUGCAGGAUAAUACGUAUCCUGAAAUAUUGAGGUCCAACCUGGGAUCAGUAGUACUUCAGUUGAAAAAGCUUGGUAUAGACGACCUGGUACAUUUCGAUUUCAUGGACCCACCUGCACCAGAAACUCUUAUGAGAGCCUUGGAAUUGCUCAACUACCUUGCAGCCUUAGAUGACGAUGGAAAUUUAACGGAUCUUGGUGCAGUUAUGGCCGAGUUUCCCUUAGAUCCCCAGUUAGCGAAGAUGUUGAUUGCCAGUUGCAACCACAAUUGCUCCAAUGAAAUAUUGUCUGUAACGGCAAUGCUGUCAGUCCCACAGUGUUUCGUCAGACCCAAUGAAGCGAAGAAAGCUGCCGAUGAUGCCAAGAUGCGAUUUGCCCAUAUCGAUGGGGAUCAUCUGACACUACUCAAUGUUUAUCAUGCUUUCAAACAAAAUAUGGAAGACCCCCAAUGGUGCUACGACAACUUUGUAAAUUACCGUUCUCUCAAAUCUGCGGAUAACGUCAGACAACAACUGUCUAGAAUCAUGGACAGGUUCAAUUUGAAAAGAACCUCAACAGAUUUCACAAGCAAAGACUAUUAUAUUAAUAUUCGAAAGGCUCUAGUGAAUGGAUUCUUUAUGCAGGUGGCACAUCUAGAGAGGACGGGUCACUACCUCACAAUCAAAGACAACCAAAUAGUUCAACUCCAUCCAUCCACUUGCCUAGAUCACAAACCAGAAUGGGUCAUAUAUAAUGAAUUUGUUUUGACUACCAAAAACUAUAUCAGAACCGUGACGGAUAUUAAACCUGAUUGGUUAUUGAAGAUAGCACCACAGUAUUAUGAUCUGAACAAUUUUCCACAAUGCGAAGCCAAGCGACAAUUAGAAAUCCUGCAGAGCAGAUUAGAAUCCAAACAGUUUCAACAAGGUUUUUGAUUUUUCUCAGUUAAUUUUUCGAUGCUAUUCUUACACUAGUAACAAUUUGAUUGAAAUUUGAUUAUUUAUAGUUUGAUAUUUGUACAAUAUUUGACAUUAUGCAAGUUAUUGAUAUAAUCCUUUUCAUUCCACGAGUAAAAUUAAUGUCAUAUU